GGACGAGAAGAUUACUCGAGACAUGCGCGCUUCGAGAGGAAGCCAUUUUGAUUUCAUGUUUACGAGUUGCCGUGUUGUUCUAUCGAAAUUUCCCCCAAGGCAAGCGUAAUUUAGCAACUGAGGAAAUAAGGAAACAACCAAGAGGUUUCUUUGCAUCCAAAAAACGUUAUUAAAUGUUCCCUGGCACAUCUUCGACGGGCUUUUACCAUGCACCACUCAGUAAAGGCCUUCUUGUUUUGACUGGUACAGCAUCUAUUUUUAACAUCCUUUUUGUGUCAUCUAACAAACAUUUCUUACCAAACAACCCAUGGAUUCAGAUUGCCCGUAACUCAAAGUUAUGGCAAGUUUUAUCAUCAAGUUUGUACUACUCAAGUGCUAGGAAUUUGAUAUGUGGCUCAUUCCUUCUUUAUUCUUUCCGGAUCUUUGAGAGACGAUUUGGAUCAAAACGAUAUGCAUCAUACAUUUUUAGCACCACAGUGAUUGCAAUUGGACUUCAGCUGACCUCCAUCUCUGUGUUGAAACACUUUGGUUAUGAUGUGGGACUUCCCCCACCAGGACUGUUUGGAAUGCUUUAUGCAACCCUUGUGAAGUAUUUCUGUGAUGUUCCAGCCUCUGAUGCAGUUACAUUCCUUGGCUUUCCAAUCUCAGGGAAAAUAUUUAUUUACUCUCUAGCUCUGCAGAUGUUGCUGUCCAGUAAGGAAUCACUUUUGGCUGGUAUCUGUGGAAUGGUGGCAGGAAUUGUUUAUAGGUUCAACUUAUUUCAAGUUCAACGGUGGCUCAGGCUGCCAGAUUCUCUGACUUCAGCCAUAUCUAGAGCCAUUGGUAAUUGGUUUAGUUCAGAGAGGCCUCCAGCUCAACCUUAUGCCAUGGGUGCAACACUGGAAAUACAGCGACUUCAGCAGAUGGAACAUUAUGAGCAGCAAGCGCUAAGAGCAAGAAUGGGGAAUCUUAGAAAUAGGGGUCCUCCAAGAGUGGGCCAAGGGUAUGCAGAUGUUUUAGUACCCCCGGGAGGUGGAGGCUGGCUGUGGGGUGGGGCAGCUGCCAACAACCCACCACCACAACCCCCACCACUGAAUGAAUGGCAAGACAGACAUCUGGAUAUGGACAAUGCAAACUUUCACCAACAGCCAACAGUAGAAGUCUCAGAAGAGCAGGUUCAGACCUUAGUAGAGAUGGGAUUCUCCAGACUAGCUGUGCUUCACGCUUUGACAACAAGCAAUAAUGAUAUUACUGUGGCAACAAAUAUCCUAUUGUCACAGUCAUAGUGAUAAUCAAUUAACAGACUUGUCAUGGAGUGAGUAACAGCAAGUUGUUUAUCACUAUCUGGAUUUCUGUAAAUAGUAUAAAAGUGAUGUAAAAAUCAGAUUUUUAAAGAAGCAAGUUAGUCAGGGUAGUUAUUGUUUUAUUUGUGAAAUAAAAAGUGAAGCUGUUUAAAAUAACAGUUGUUUGAAGGAACUUUAAGUUGGGAACUACAUGUACUGACAACACGUUACAUAAGUCAAACUGUAAUUACAUUUAGCUCGCUUGAAUACCAUCCCAACAUUAAUCAUGAGACUCCUGGCCUAUAAAAAUAUUUAUCUCUGUAAAAUUUUAAAUUGAACUAUAAAAGCCAAAUUAUUCCUCUCCCUAGCACUGUGCUGUGUCACAGAGCAACACAUCCACCCGGGUCGCAUGCUAUUGCACUGUUGCUCAUUAUUUUAUUAUUACAAAUUUUCUGUUAGUGAGGAGGGGGGAGGGACAGUGCAGUAUGGGAUUACUCCUCACAUAAUAUGUCGGAGAACUAUUGAAUGCAUCUUAUACAUACUUACGUAGUUCUGUAAGCAGGCAAGAUGAACCGAAUCCUGCACCAAUAGUGGCUACCCAAGCAGGCAAGAUGGUGUUAUCUUGCGUGCUCAGGAUUACUCACUGUGUCCUGCAAGAAAAUACAUUUCUUUUUCCAUAUUAUAAAUUCUUUAUUGGGUCAAGAUGGCUCAGGACAUUGUCCUCAUUCUUCUUUUGUGUGCUUAUGGAUCUCAACUCUGUCUUGGCCCAUUAACAUA